AUGUGGUGCAGAAAUGUGAUUCUUUGGCCAGGCAACUCUGGAAUUCCUCCAAGAUUUCCAGGUCACCCAAGGCUGGCCUGCGAAAGCUGGUGGCUAUCUAUGUGGACAGGACUCACCCUGACUUCCUGCCGCUGCUACUGGCCGUUGGACGGUGCCGCUGGACCUUUGUCUUACUCA